ACACCAAAAAGAAACUUGACUGUACUUUUUUUGUUUGCAUAUUUUAAAUAAAAAAAAGUGUAAAAACAUAAUUAAAAAGGCUUAUUAUAACCAGAUCUAGAUAUUUAUUAUCAUAAACCUAACAUUAUUUAGCUUAAUAACUAACUAAAUUGUCAAUAAACAGUCUAGUCAGGCAACGCUCUCAGUUUCCAAAUUAACCAAAUUUGAAGCUAUUGAAAUUAAUUUGGUAAAGUAACAAUGAAUGCCCCAAACUCUGUAAUCGACCAACGCAUGGAGGCAGAGCGUAUCUACGGCUGGAUCACUGAUUUGUGUAGCUCGGAAGGUCGUCUGGUGGCCAUGCUGGAGCUCAGUGAGAGACGCAGCCAAGUUGAAAGCCUGGGACAUUUGCUUUGGCACUCCUUUGGAGCUGUAGCUGGACUGCUACAGGAGAUCAUGUCCAUCUAUCCUUCAGUAUUGACCAACGUUCUAAGCUACCAGGAGUCACAGCGCAUUUGCGCCGCCAUCGGACUCUUUCAGGCCAUGGCCUCCGACCGCUGCAUUGCCCUCCAACUGAUACGCUGCGAGUUCAUGAGCUACCUGAUGCCGAUGCUAAGGUUGACGCCUCAAACCCGGUCCGUGGAGCAUGUGCGUCUCUCUGUGCUGGGCGUGGUUUGUGGACUUUUGAAAUCGGAUCACAAGGAAGUUGUGACCUACUUUCUGGGCACAGAUCUUAUGCCCCAUGUCCUGCAUAAUCUGGAAUUAGGCUCCAGCAUGAGCAAGGUGCUCUGCGCCUUUGCCCUAUUCCGCAUCUUGGAGAACGAAGUUGGCCUAAGCUUUGUUGGCAAUACGAUGGCCAGAAAGAUGCAUUUGAUUCACACUCUGGCCAGAGUGGUUCAUCAACUGACGCUGGAGAUGGAGCCGCGUGUUUUGAAGCAUGUGGUUAGGUCCUAUUUCCGUUUAGCCGAUCAUCCGCAGUGCCUGGUGCUGAUCCUUAAGCAUUUGCCGCCGCAGCUUCGCAAUGGGUACUUUUGCAAGGAGAAACUGCCAGGAUAUGAGAAUGCUAAUAUGGAACUGGCCAAACUUAGCUGCAAGUUGGCCAACAAGGAGGCUCAAAUCUAUAAGGGCAAGGAAUAAAGUGCUUCCUGAAUAUAAUUGACGUACCAAUUUACACAUCGGCAAUUUACCUCUCACACCGAAUUUUUCUGUUACCAAUAUAUAUGUAUAUAUGGCCGGCAACCCCAUGAUAUGUUAUCUGGUGGCCCCGGCAUCAACAUGUAAAUUGCAUUACCCUC